UGCUGCCAGCCUAACACACAGGCACUCAAUGUCAGUGCCCGGUUCCUGGAGUAGAGCAAGGUGCAACUGGCCAGCAGCAGCAGAGAUGGACAAACUUCUAAACUGUCUUUACAAGCGGCCAAAUGCCAUCACCCGCUUAGUGUGCUUCCCCUGGGCCGGAGGAGGAUCAAUAUUUUAUGCACAGUGGGGCCGGCUGUUUGAUGACUCCAUUGAAGUUUACGCGCUCAGACUCGCAGGAAGAGAAUCUCGCUCCUCAGAGACGUUUGCUCAGAGCAUGGACCAAAUAGUGGAUGAAAUCACCCGCGUAUUGCUGCCGCAGCUGCAGGGAAAACCUUUUGCAUUUUUUGGCCACAGUUUCGGAUCUUUCACCAGUUUUGCUACUGCAGUACGAUUGAAAGAGAAGUAUGGCCUGGAGCCUGCGCACCUCUUUGUGUCCGGAGCGUCUGCCCCACAUUCAAAAUCGCGUUCCUUUCAUCAGAAAAGAUCGGAGUUGAGCGAUGAAGAUUUCAUGAAGUGGAUGUCUUCGGCGGGUGGAACUCCGGCCGAAAUCCUGCAGAACAAGGAUGCGUUGCAGCUGUUCCUCCCACCACUGAAAGCUGACCUGAGAGUCGUUGAGAGCUUUGUCUACCAGAAGCCGGACCCUCCUGUCCUGUCCUGCGGAAUUACGUGUUUCGAUGGUACAGAAGAUGUUCCCCAUGAUUUAGCUGGCUGGAAGGACGUUACAAGUGGAGACUUCAGUAUUCACAUGCUACCAGGGGGACACUUUUACCUGAAGGAUCCCAAGAAUGAGAAGUCGCUUGUGACCUACGUAUGCAGAUAUCUGGAGUCCGUAGAGAUUGCUUAUUUUUAAAGCUCCUCUCCUAUGUCAGCCUGCGUCUAGAGCUCCUGUAUGUCCCAGCUCUCACAGAACAUUGUUCUAUAAUAAAGUUGGGGAAUAGAAUACUGAUUACUUUGGUCCAGAGGAGGACUAACGACCAGUGACAACCUCAGAGGGGUUUACUGCAUCCUUUCUGGAAUGCGAUAAAUCCCUGUAUCUGUAGCUUCCAUAAUGUUCUCUAUCAAUUACAGUAACAGAAGCCAGUUGCUGUAAGAAAGAUACAAUUGCCUUACGGAAUGAUAAGCAAUUCCACAGCUUCACCACCCUUACCGUAAAGACCCCUUUCGCUGUUGAUCGUGAAAAUCCGACUGCUCUCUCUUUGUUGAGUUAGCUGGACAACUCUGUUUUGGCCUUGGAUACAAUGAUACAUAUUACUUAGGCCAUCUCUAAGAUGCCUUUUUUCUGAGACAUCCACUGUCAGCAUCUGUAGACACUCAAAUCCGAUUGGUCCAUACAUUUUCAAUACACUUCUGCUACCAUGUGUAGACGUGUACUGUGACUCUGUGCGUUCAAAACCGGGGGGAUACAGUUGUGUAGACUAAAACAGUCAUUCCACUGCGUCCGACUCAAGCCAUAUGUCUCUUUCUAUGCCUACCAAGAUUGUAUGUGCCUAUGCGGCUCAACUUUCUGUUACCUAGUAUUCCUAAGUGCAGUUCCAGACCUGUUGUCCAGUUUGUAUUUCACGUAAUAUGUAACUAGCAUCGUUAUUACCACGUUCCAGCUGCUUAACUCUAUCUACAUAUACCUUCAUCUGACACUUUGUCUAUAAUUCUUUCUGUGGCCAGAUACGAUCCUGCAGCGUUAAUAACCCUUUGUUGCCCAUAACAUUAGCAGUCCCGGCUUUUACCAACGGUUAGAAUCUACAUUUUACAUUCUAGUACAAUAAUGAUGCAACUGGAUUAACACGAUUUGUGCCAAUUCCUGUAAAUGAUUUGUUACCAAUAAAUGCCUAUGAGCGUGGACUGGAA